UUCAUUCUGCACAGCAAUUUGAACACGAUGACAUCUCCAAAGUUUGUGUUUUACCUGACAUGUUUGUUCUUGGUGAAGAAGGCUCAGAUGACAGAUCAGAAAGUCUCCUCAUCUAUUCAUCAAAAGACACGUUUUGUAUCAGCUGAUAUUGGAGAAAAUGUGACUCUGCAAUGUUUCUAUAAAGGUCUUAAUUCAGCAUGGCUUUACUGGUAUAAGCAAACUCUGGGACAGAAACCAAGGCUCAUGUCUACCUUCUAUGUGUUUGAAACAAAAGCCACUUUUUAUCAUGAAUUCAACAAUCCACGCUUCACACUGGAUACUAAAAACAGUACAAAUAACUUGACAAUAUUUGAUUUGGACAUUUCAGACUCAGCUACUUACUACUGCGGAGCUAGCCAUACAUUUGUCUUUACUUUUGCAGAGGGCACUACUGUUAAUGUAAAGGGUUCAGGUUUUAACAUACCAGCUUUGGUCCAUCAGUCAGCAUCUGAGCCCAUCCAGCCAGGAGGCUCUGUGACUCUGAACUGUACAGUACACACUGGGACCUGUGAUGGAGAACACAGUGUUUACUGGUUCAAAAACUCUGAAGAAUCUCAUCCAGGACUCAUUUACACCCAUGGAGGCAGGAACGAUCAGUGUGAGAGGAAUUCCAGCACACAAACACACACCUGUGUCUACAACUUGCCACUGGAGAGCCUGAAUCCUUCUCAUGCUGGGACCUACUACUGUGCUGUUGCCUCAUGUGGACACAUACUGUUUGGAAACGGGACCAAGCUGGAAAUUGAAGAUGAGGUUGACUUGGUGUUUCUCUUGAGUGGAGCUUCUGCGUUCACCUCCAUCCUGGCUGUUUUACUGGCUUUCUCAGUGUGCAUGAUGAACAACAGAAAAGGCUGCCAAUCAACAGAGUCCCAAACAGGAGCUUCAGAUCCCUCCAUAGCAGCAGAGGGUUGCCAAUAUGCAGACAACCUCGCUUAUGCUACUUCAAGUGUGAAGCUGCCCAACAGAUCAAGAAGAGGGACGAAUAAAACCUGGACUGAAUGUGUGUACUACAGCAUAAAGCAGUAGAACGUGAUAUAUUAUAUUUGUGCUAAGACUGGAUUGUCUUUGUGCGCCUCAUUUGAGAUGAAAUGUAGAAGAUAUGUGUUGAAGUUUGAGCAAAAAUGCUUUUAUAGCUUAUUUGUGGUCUGCAGCCAAAAUAAAAUUGCUUUGCUAUUGGAUACUUGGAAUAUGAUACUUUUUUUGAAGCAGGAAAUCCCCACAAUGUUACUUUGUUUCUUGUAAAUACAACCAUUCUGAUCAGACUUCAUUUAUAUAGGGCCUUUCGUACAAAAUUGUAAUACAAUGUACUUAUAUAC